GAAAAAAUGACGUAUUGUCAUACGCACCUCAUAAAACAUUUAUUGAUGCAUUAUUGCUCUGUCUUGAAUGAAUACAGUAAUUUCAGCCACUGCUAUUUCCUCCUUUAGCAUGGAAAAACGAAACCAAGCCGUAAUAUAAUAGAGUUCAACAUAAUGUACUUUUCCUUGCCAAAUAUUAACAAUGCAUACACCGCAUUGUGAACGGAAACGGCGUCUGCUACUUUACAGCGUGUUAUUACAUCUCUUUUACGAGGACUUUGUAAGUCUAUAAAGAGCUUUACAGGCAUUCAGGGUAUGUCGGGGCGAUAUUAGAAGAGUAUUCUUAGACAUAUAAGGGACAAUUCAUAUUCAUCUUACAUUUAGAUUCUUUAAUGUCUGAUUUCUUAGAAUACAUAUGUUGAUUUCCAUCGCAUUUUUUUUACUUUAUUUUUAUGAUUUCCUACAAUGAAAAUCUAAAUUAAACCUGAUGAAAAAAGGGGGAGGAUUUAUUCACUGGCUGUAUUGGUAAAUAUGACCACGUGAUCCAUGCAACCAAUCCCUGUAAGAAGCAGGCCAGCAAAAAUACUAUGAUUGUUCAUAGAGGGAAGCUUCCCGUUAACAGCGCAGCCCUUUUUAUAUGAGUAAGGAAGGGAUGGAAAAAUGUCUUCCAGCGGCGCUCUCAGUAACUGCUUUGUGGACGCUAUGAUGGGGCAGGAGCCGGAGGAGAUGUACGGAGCUCGCUUCAUCCAGCCGCCGCACACCAUGACCCCGAGGCCGCCGCCAGGUGCCGGGGACAGCGCCGACUUCUCCUCCUGCAGCUUUUCACCUAAAUCCGCCGUUUUCACCCCGUCCUGGUCCUCGAUGCACCCUCAGGGACUUUAUCACCCCUACGUCCACCAUCACCACCACCAGUCCCAUCUGCCCGCAUCGGACAGCAGAUACGUCGGCGUGCGCUCCUGGAUGGACCCCAUCUCCAACCACGUUUCCUUCGCCGGGUUCCACUCCUCCGGCAGCAGACCGUACGGGACUAAGCCGGAGCUCCUCCUGCCCGGGAAGCCUACAGGCGGGGACCCGCUGGAGGAAACUGACGCUGGGACCGGAGCCGAGGCUCGACCCGUGACCGCGGAGUUCUCCUGUGGAGCUGCGGAGUGUCCGGAAAAGGCGAGCAGGGAGCAGAGUGGGAGCGAGGCUUCGAGUCAUGGCGAUCCCAAAGACGAAAAGCCACAACAACUUGACCCAAAUAACCCUGCUGCCAACUGGAUCCACGCCCGCUCGACGAGAAAGAAACGCUGCCCCUACACCAAAUAUCAGACUUUAGAGCUGGAGAAGGAGUUUCUCUACAACAUGUAUCUGACAAGGGACCGGCGCUACGAGGUGGCUCGCAUACUCAGUUUAACGGAGAGACAAGUGAAGAUCUGGUUCCAAAACCGGAGGAUGAAGAUGAAGAAGAUGAACAGAGAGAGAAGCGGCAAGGAGGUCAUUUAAACUCUGCUGUUGUUUUUUGUUUUUUUUUUCUGUGGCAAAAAGAAAACCCAUCUGAACUAUCUCACAGUUAUUUUGUGCAGCCAUUUUUCAAAUGGGCCUUUGAUUGUAAGUGACAGCAUCAUCGGACACACAUGCAUCACAUAUGAGGAAUUUGUCCUGGUGAGAUCCAGCGCCGGAUAA